GUUGUCCGCCCACUCUCGCCAGGCACAUGUCAAGUAUGAAGAGCCUCCGCUUUACUCUAUGCGCCCAUCGGUAGCGCAUCACACGCUGCGCUGCACAGCACACACGACAUUCCUAUCGCGCCUGCUACCACAGCCUUCUCUUGCUGCCCGGUGUCACUUGCAUAUGGUGGUGCUGCUGACAGUAUGCCUUCAAGCUCGGCACUCGUCGGCCCAUUCACAUGAAGGGCAGGAACCCUGAGCGCCUGAUAUCUUUUACUACACCACAGCAAUCGUGAAUCGCAGCCUGUGAACCGAAACCUAACUUCAAACUUCAGCAAGAUAAACACAGCUCAACCAAUUAUCACGCGCAUCUAUAUCCGCCAAAUCGACUCGUACCACUCGAGCCAAUCCACGAUCCCAGUAGACUCGUCGUUCGCAUUAGACGAUACACUUGUACAACUACCUACACACUGUCAUGCCGGAGUCACAGAGUCCCACAAACGCUGCCGACCGGCCCCGCCUCACCGAAGCUCAAAAGAAGGAGAACCACAUCCGCUCUGAGCAGAAGCGUCGCGAAGCCAUAAGAGAAGGCUUCGACCGACUUGCCUCAAUAGUACCCGGCCUAGAGGGGCAAGGGCGAAGCGAGGCAGUCGUGCUGGGAGGCGCGAUCAAGCUUAUGCGCGAGAAGAUUGUGGAGCGACAACAAAUCAUCGCCGACGCCAAGGCAAAGGGGAUUGAUACAACAGGAUGGGAGUUGGACAAGGAGACUAUGGAGGCGUGCGCUAGACAAAUGGAGAGAACGCUGGCCGAGGACAGGCAGGCUGCUAACGAGGAGGAGAACGGUAAUGGGAUUGAGGUGAAGAAGGAGUAGGCAUACAGAUGCAGAACGAAGUAGACAUGGACUGAAAUUGCGAGGCGAGGGCACAGUGUUGGAACAUCCCUACUUUGCUGUUCACCAGCAAAGACAUGGAUUCGCCAGCCUGCGUCUUCCUAUGGCCUACGAAGGAUUAUGAGAAAGGUUAACGGAGAUUACUGCACUGUUCUUGACCAUCGCGCCUAAUCGUUGCAUUCAAAACAAACAUAAUGAUCAAGUCAGCUUCCAUUGUGACAACUCAAGAUGGGAGUACAUUUAG